ACACAACAAAAACAACACACUACAAGAGGAGCUGAUUUGGACAUGGAGCCAACUGGAAUGCUGUCCCUUUUUUUCCAAUAGCAGGAAAAAUGCACUUUUAAUUUAGAGAGCACGUGGCGCCAUUUUUCGGGAAAAAUGCAAACUUUGUGGCUUUAUUCUGUCCUCAAGUAAAGUAGGGACGAGGGAGGAACAGUGACUUCCAGCCGUUUCAUCGCCAAAAAAGGAGGAAGAAAAGGACAUAUCAUUCAAAUAGCAGUCUAAAAAUAACACUGACUCAUUUUAGGAGCCAUCUUUAUUCAAAACUGGAGAUCUGCUUGGAGGCUUUCGGAGGUUGACUUGAACAAAAGUUCAACUUGUGAUUGAAACACUUUUAACAUGCAUUGCAGCUGCAAAACUAAGCCGUUUUGUAUGCAAUAAACGUAUUGUUGUCACUUUGCGGCAUAUUGACAGCUCGAGCUGACGAUGGACGAUCGAAGCUCGGGAUAAUAAAAGUGCCGAGGUGGCUAAAAGCAGGUGGACUUGUGUGGUGUUUUGCAGCAAGUGACCUCACUGCCGGGGCGUGGCUUAUCGCUGCCAUUCACUUCCUGCUUCUUCGCUGGUCCUUCCCUGGUUUCGCCUGAUCAGCUGCUCGACGGGAAACGACACAAUGUCACACCAGACGGGCAUUCAAGCGGGCAACGAUGUGAAGGACAUGUUUGCCAGUGCCAAAAGCGGAGACGAGUACAGAGUCUUGAAGAUCGUUAUUGAGGAUGAGCAGCUGACGUUGGCCACCACCAAGAAGGCGUCAAAGAAGUGGGACCAGGAAUACGACGCCUUGGUGCUGCCCCUGCUGGAGGACUCCGUACCCUGCUACAUUCUCUACCGGUUGGACUCCAGCAACAACCAGGGCUACGAAUGGAUUUUCAUUGCCUGGACUCCAGACCACUCUACUGUGAGAAACAAAAUGCUAUUUGCUGCUACCAGAGCCACACUGAAGAAAGAGUUUGGGGGAGGCCACAUCAAGGAUGAGAUUUUUGCCACCACAAAGGACGAGCUAAACCUUAGUGGAUACCGGAAAUAUUUGAUCUCGCAGUCGGCUCCGCUGCCCCUCACUGCUGCCGAGGAGGAGCUGAGACAGAUCAAACUACACGAGGUAAAGACUGAUAUUAGCGUGGACACCAAGCACCAGACCCUCCAAGGCGUGGCCUUCCCCUUGCACCACACCGCCAUUGCAGCACUGGAACGCUUCAGGGACAAGGACAUCAACUACGUGCAACUGCGAAUAGACAUGGAACAGGAGCUGAUCUGCUUGUGCGGCACUGAGCCAACAGAGCUGAAGGACCUGCCCUUGAGGAUCCCCUCAGACGUCCCGCGCUACCACUUCUUCCUCUACAAGCAUUCUCACGAGGGCGACCGCUUGGAGUCCACGGUUUUUAUUUAUUCCAUGCCGGGGUACAAGUGCCCCAUCCGAGAGAGGAUGCUCUAUUCCAGCUGCAAAAUGCCUCUGGUUGACAUGGUGGAGAACCAAAUGAAGAUCGAGAUUGAGAAAAAGUUGGAAAUCGACAACGGCGACGACCUGACCAGCGAGUUCAUGUACGACGAGGUGCACCCCAAGCAGCACGCGCACAAGCAGGCCUUCCCCAAGCCCAAAGGCCCCCAAGGGAAGCGGGGCUGCCGUCGCAUCACCCGACCCCCCGCCGACGGCCAGGAGGACGAUUAAAACCAAGACCUCGGCACCCACGCCACGCGCGCGUUCCAUAGUGGAACAUUCCUGAGAUUGGGGUGAUAUUUGCUUGUUUUUAACACGAAAAGAAUUAAGACGACCUCACAUUCCCAUCCACGAGAGCCAGCUAUGCACGCCGAGGACAACUGAGCAAUGGCACAUUUCAGCGGUUUUCCAUUUGGAAGCCUGUUCACGUCUGUGAUUUACAUUCUCAAUCAAUCAAAAGUCGAGCUCCUUUCCCAGAUCUUAAUGUGAACCUGCGCCAAUUUGACAACAUCCCCCCCACCUGUUUAUCAUCACUUCACACCCCCAAUUUCCCCAACUGGCAUUCCUUUAAUUCCACCACUCGUGUUUGUGAACAACCUUUAGGUGCUCCGAAAGCAGAGAUGUAAUGAUCCAACCUAUCUCCUGAUUUAUUUUCAGUGCAUUUUAUAUUGCAAUUUUUUGUUUUGAUAUAACUGGUUUACAAAGGAGAGAGGAAACAAAAAAAGAAAUCUGCUGAGAAAAAAAAAAUGUAUUUUUCUAUGCAAGUGCUGUAAAUGUACAUAAUGUAGCCCUGUUUAUGUUUGUUUGUUCUGGUGAUCACGUCGCUGAGGGGCUUCCACUAAAAUGUCAUCCGUCAAAAGUCACGUUCCAUCGGUCGAUCAUAAUUAGAGUGAGGGGAGGGGGGGGGGCCUCGCUGCAGAAUAGGAAAGGGAAUAUUCGUGUGUUGCCGCAGCCGCUCGUCUACUGAUGACUUAACAUUAGGCAAACUACCGAGCUCACCUCACGUUCGAAGCUGGGGAUGAAAAUUCCUGUCGUAUUCACAGUGUCAUUAGAACUAGAGAAGAAAAUCAUGUUUGGUCUUACUUGUUUUCUUACAAAUCUUUCUUUUUAAGAGGAAUAAAAAUAUUUAAAUUGCA